AUGUUCUUCAACGAGAGCGCCAUAUUGCAGCCGAUGGCUAUUGUCGGUGAUGCAGGGUCCAUUCAUCAUAUGCAGGAACACCUUUUAGGAUGGAAUAUUCCACCAGAACAUUUGGAAAUGGUGCAUCCGCAUUGGAGAGGAUUUCUGGCACCAGCAAAAUACUGGCAUAUCAGUUUAGCUAUCAUCUACUUUAUGCUUAUGGUUCUUUCUGCUGUGGGCAAUGGAUGUGUUAUUUGGAUAUUUACUACAGCGAAAUCCCUCAGAUCACCCUCAAAUAUGUUCGUAGUCAACCUGGCUAUAUUUGACUUGGUGAUGAUGACGGAAAUGCCCUUGCUUAUAAUAAAUAGCUUUUUAGAACGAAUGUGGGGAUGGGAACUAGGAUGUGACAUUUAUGCUGCGCUUGGCAGUGUUUCCGGAAUAGGUCAAGCUAUUACCAAUGCAGCUAUUGCUUUCGAUCGUUAUAGAACUAUCACUUGUCCUAUCGACGGCAGGCUUAAUGGAAAACAGGCGGGAGUCAUCAUAGCAUUUACAUGGUUCUGGACAAUGCCAUUUACUAUUCUUCCAUGGAUUCGAGUUUGGGGUCGAUUUGUACCAGAGGGAUUCUUAACAACCUGCAGUUUUGAUUUUCUGACAGAAGACGAAGACACCAAAGUUUUUGUGGGAAGCAUCUUUAUGUGGUGCUACGUUUUCCCUAUGUUACUAAUUAUCUACUUUUAUUCGCAGUUGAUCAUAUCUGUUCGACACCAUGAAAAAAUGCUGAGUGAUCAGGCUAAAAAGAUGAACGUUAAGUCUUUGGUAUCCAAUCAGGAUAAAGAAAGGAGCGUUGAAAUGCGAAUCGCUAAAGUAGCAUUCACGAUAUUUUUCUUAUUUGUGUGUGCUUGGACACCAUACGCUGUUGUUGCUAUAACUGGAGCUUUCGGAAAUCGAGAAACACUGACACCACUCUCUACUAUGAUACCAGCGGUUUUUGCAAAGACCGUAUCAUGCAUUGACCCAUGGGUUUACGCAAUCAAUCAUCCAAGGUACCGAUUAGAGUUACAAAAACGUUGUAAAUGGAUGGGAAUUCGAGAACCCGAACCACAGACUGAUACUACAUCGGCAACGACGGAAAGGGUGAGAACUGAUGAUGCGUAAAUACGAGAAACUAUUUAAACCGAAACACAGUCAACGUUGCAGACAACUGAAAGACGAUAAGCGGUGAAACUGCGAUCUGCAUUAUCGGCCACCACGAGUGCAGCUUCGUACAUUCGCAAUUUGUUUUAAAAAAUUAGAAUGAAGAUCAGUCAGCCAAUUGAAUGCAAAUUCACCUUCAAGCUCUCAGAAUUUAUGAUGAGUAGUCACUUAAUAGAAACGCUGGCGAAGUGAUAAUUUUUAUGAAUCCAGCUGUAUAAAAUUAUAAAUGAUCAUUGUUUAUUAUAGAGCAUCGACGUUUGUAUUCAAUUAAACAUAUAAUAAAA